AUGAUACUGGGGGAUUUCAAUGCAAAGGUUGGUGGAGGCCCACAGAAUGAAGUCAUGGGUAAAUUUGGACUUGGAGUAAGAAAUGACCGUGGUGACAGAUUACUAACAUUCUGUCAAGAAAACAAGAUGGUUCUUGCCAACACCUUUUUCAAGCUGCCAAAAAGACGUCUCUACACCUGGACUUCACCUAGGGAUAGGCCAGGUGCAAUAAUGCGUAAUCAGAUUGAUUACAUCACAAUUAACCACAGGUUCAGAAACUCAGUUAAGAGUGCGAAAACAUACCCUGGAGCCUUUAUUGGAUCAGACCACAAUAUUUUGGUUGCAGAAGUUUGCAUCAGGUUGAAGAAGCUCAUCCAACCAAAGUUGCCAGACCGAAUAGAUGUCAACAAAUUGAAAGAUGCAUCUACCAGGAUUAAAGUUGUCCAUGAUCUAAAUGAGAAACUUGAUAAUGUCACAGUCAACAAAGAUAACCAGGGAAUUGAAGCGGCAUGGCAGAACAUUAAAACAGCAAUUCUGGAGCCAUGUAAAAAGCAUUUGAAAAGAAUGAAACAUAAGAAAGAGAAAGACUGGAUGACAGAAGACAUCUUGAAUCUCAUGGAAACACAUCAGAGGCUCAAGGCUUCAAAUGUGGGGAAGGUUGAGAUGAGAAAGAUUCAGAACAGGAUUCGGUAUGAGUGCAGGCAGGCCAAGGAACAGUGGUUAAGACAGAAGUGUGUAGAGAUGGAACAUCUACAGGCAUUGCAUGAUACCCACAACAUUCACAAGAAGAUCAGUGAACUCACUGGGAGGAGAGACCAGAGGACACAUUAUCUCCUGAAUGAUGUGGGUAAGAUAGUCAUAGACACAGAUGAACAGCUUAAACUGUGGGAGGAGUACAUAGAGAGGUUGUUUGCUGAUGAAAGAGAGGAAAUGGCAAAUAUAGAAGAAACAACGGGUCCAGAUAUUUUGAAGGAGGAAGUUGUCUAUGCGAUCCAUAAUAUCAAAAAAGGCAAAGCAGCGGGACCGGAUGAACUCCCUGGAGAUGUUUUGCAGCUGUUAGAUGAGAGGCAUGUUGCCAAGUUGACGGAUUUGUUCAAUAUGAUUUACAAGAGUGGAAAACUUCCGGAAGAUUGGCUAAAAUCUACAUUAUCACACUUCCCAAAAAACAUAAUGCAAAGAAAUGUGAAGAACACCGCACAAUCAGCCUUAUGA